AGCACCCGCCCAGCCUAAAGCACCCGCCCAGCCUAAAGCACCCACACUUCAACGUACGCCUGAGCCAGAGCCAGUAAGUGAUGAGGAUUUAGAUCCAGAUGACCUGCAGUCAUUCAGAGAAAAGAGGGACUACUUCCAGAAGAUUGGCAUUCAUGAACAGCGUAAAGUCAAAACCCCAAAGCCACGGCCAGCGCCCCCCAGCCCACCCAAGGAGCAACAUAACUCACCUCCUCCAUCUCCCCCACCUGUGGCACCCAAGCCAAAAGUGAAGGCCCCAAAAGAAAAACGUACCCCAUCUCCUCCCUCUGAGCCUCGGCCUGAGCCUGAGCCUGAGCCUCACCCUCAGCCCACCUCCAACAUUCGAGACAUCAUCAAACGGUACAACAGCCGACCCCAACCGGAGCCCAAACCCUUCGAGUCUGCCAGACCUCCUGCAAGAAUCUUUAAGAAGAAGAUGGACCCCAAAGAGGAAGCUCUGGCCAAACUGAAAAACAAAUCACCAGUGCCACAACAGAAGAAGCAGUGGGUGCCUCCGCCUCCACCCCCGCUCCAAAUGAAGAAGGAGCAGCCUCGUCCAAGGUCCCCUCCCGACUCUCCUCCCACCAGGGCUCGCGUAGUCUCCAACAGCAUGAAGCAGAGGCAGCGCUCCCUGGCGGACCUGUUUGGCUCACAGCGCUCCAGAAGCCCUCCCUCAACUCCGCCUGACUCCCCGCCACCUCUAGACCCAGCACCUGUACCUGAGGACAUCCCCGAGCCGCCACCCAUGGUUGCACCAUCUCUCAAUGCAAUGCCAGAUGAGGACGGUGUUCGAUCGAAGCUCCACCGCUUCUCUGCUGGGGUUUACUUCUCUUACUCCAACAUGCCGGGAAAACUGUUCCUGCGAAAAGAAGUGUUCUACCCCAGAGAGAUGUUCAACCGGCCAUACGUCCUCAAUCUGUUGUGUGAACAGAUCAUGAGGGAUUCCUAUUCUGAUAGCUGUGUAAGGCUCAGCAGAGAAGAGAGGAGGAAGAUGAAGGAUCUGCUUGCAAAUUUCAACGUUGGAACGUCAAUAAGCACCAUCCAGGAUGACAACAUGAAGAAGAGGAUUGUCAUUGCCGCUUCGAGACAACUGGGAAACUAUUUCGCUCGACUGUUUCCUGUGAGGUGUGCAUGA